UUGUCCAACACGCCUGCGCAGUGACCCUGCGGGGAACGACGAUGUGUACGGACAGCACGGCUUGCAUCAAUUUGCAAUCAAAGCGAGCGAAUGUGAAAGCCACGCGUAUUGUUUUUGUUUAUUUGUUGUCAUAAAAACCAAGUAGUUAUUAAAACAUAGUUUUUAAUAAUCAAAGUUCCCCGCGCCUCAGUCAGUAGCUGACCCGGAGAAUGACGAACAGUGCAAAAAGGAAAGAAGACUCGCAGGUCGCCAAUGGGGGGUUGAAGGUAUCCCCUUGGAGCAAAGCUUUUAUCAGGAACGCCGUGUGGGAAGAAAAGGAUGAAUUUCUAGACGUGAUAUACUGGAUUCGGCAGAUAAUUGCUAUUAUUUUGGGAAUUAUUUGGGGAAUCGCACCGCUGAAAGGGUUUUUAGGAAUUGCAAUAUUCUGUGCAAUCAAUGCCGGAGCCCUGUACCUGUACUUCAGCAGCUUCCAGCAAAUAGAUGAAGAGGAGUAUGGAGGACUGUGGGAACUAACCAAAGAGGGCUUCAUGACAUCCUUUGCAUUGUUCCUGGUUGUAUGGAUAAUCCUCUACACUGCCCUCCACUAUGACUGAAGGUAGCAAAGAUCUUUUUAUCAUGGAAAGAAUGGAACAUUUUAAAUGAUUUAAAAUGUAGAAAACAUAGUUUGGAGUGUCAGAAGUCUUAUUUUUACCUUACCACCAGUAUCACAAGACCACAGAGGGGAGCAGGAGGAGGUGCUGAUUGGGGAUGUUCCGGAGAUAACAGCCCCCCCCCCCCCCAGGCCAAGUUCAUGCAUCAGAUUUUUAAACAAAAAAUCUUUACAUCUUCACAAUUUUCCAAAAAAAGCCAUGGAUUUUUUUUUUUUUUUUUAAAUGACUAGCAAUGUCUUGAAGCAACAGCAGUUCAACUAUUUAACUUUUUUUUUCCUAAUAUGGUAGCCUGAUCAAAAACAAAGUUAUAAAGUAAUCUGAAGCAUUUUUAAUGGACUGUGUAAAAUAUCUGAAAUAUUCGUUUAAACAACGAUACUUAUUAAACUUUGAUUUGUA